GACCCGUACUGACGUCAGCUGAUGGAAAUUAUCACAGUGGCAAGAUGGCUACGGAACCAAAUAAGACUGAAAUCCUUACCAUUUUCAAAAGAUUAAGGUCUAUUCCUACAAACAAGGUUUGUUUUGACUGUGCCGCCAAAAACCCCAGCUGGGCCAGUAUCCCAUAUGGUGUGUUCUUGUGCAUCGACUGCUCUGGCAUCCACCGCUCUCUGGGAGUUCACCUCAGCUUCAUCAGAUCCACUGAGUUAGACUCCAACUGGAACUGGUUCCAGCUUAGAUGUAUGCAAGUUGGAGGCAAUGCCAAUGCGACGGCGUUCUUCCGCCAGCAUGGCUGCUCCACAAAUGACACCAACGCCAAGUAUAACAGCCGUGCCGCCCAGAUGUACAGAGAGAAGAUCCGGCAGCAGGCCAAUGCUGCGUUGUCCAAGUAUGGCACAGAUCUGUGGAUCGACUCUUCUGCUGGAGGCUCUCCUGCAGCUCCUGAGAAGAAAGAGACAGACUUCUUUGCGGAACAUACGCUGCCUGCCAAUGACUGGAGUAUGGCGCCGCCCUCUGAGGCAGAGCAGAAUGGAGCUGCUGUCACCCCACAGCUGAUGGACACAACCGCUAAAGGCCAGGACGACAACCAGCCAGAGGACGGACCCAGCAUCGACGGUCUGAGCACGUCACCCAGAGCUUCCAUCGAGGACGCCAUGCGUUUGUCAUCACAGGAAGGACGAACACCUACAGAUGUGAAGCCUUCUAUCAUUGGAAAAAAGAAGCCCAUGGCUGCCAAAAAAGGGCUCGGUGCAAAGAAAGGCCUCGGAGCCCAGAAGGUGAGCAGUAAGAGUUUCUCCGAGGUGGAGAAGCAGGCGCAAGUGGCCGAGAAGCUGAGGGAGGAGCAGGUUGCUGAAGCCAAGAAACAAGCCGAGGAGUCCAUCGUGGCCUCGAUGCGUUUGGCUUACAAAGAGCUGGAGAUCGACAGGAAGGUGGAGGAGAAGAAGCUCCAGAACCUGGAAGGCAAGAAGAGAGAGCAGGCCGAGAGACUGGGCAUGGGCUUCGGCAACAGGAGUGCCGUGUCUCACUCAGUGAUGUCAGAGAUGCAGGUGAUCGAGCAGGAAACUCCUGUGGGAGCCAAGUCCUCCUCUCGCUCCAAACUGGACAUGUUCGACGAGCCGGGUUUCACCUCCGGACCCCCAAAAUAUAAGGACAACCCGUUUACAGUGGGAGACAGUUUCGGAUCCCGGUGGGACACUGAGGGAGGGACCGCCUCCUUUACCACCUCCUGGGCUCUGGAGAAGGAGGACCCCAAAGAGGAGGUCACCAUCUCUAGUAUUCAACCAAUUGGAGAGAGACUUCCCAGCAGAAGAAAAGCUGAGGUUUCGGCUCCGGUGUCCGAGUCGAGCGAGGCCAGACAGAAGUUUGCAAACGCAAAAGCGAUCUCUUCGGACAUGUUCUUUGGUCGGGAGAGCAGCGCAGAGUAUGAUGCAAAGACAAGACUGGAGACCAUGUCUGGAAGCACCUCCAUCAGUUCAGCUGACCUGUUUGGGGAUGGCGGUGACCACAAAGGGAGGGCAUCGGGCUUCGACAGCGUGCUCCCCUCCGGUCCCGACAUCGCACAGUUCAAACAGGGAGUGAAGACCGUGGCGGGCAAGAUGGCCGUCCUCGCCAACGGCGUGAUGAAUACAAUCCAGGAUCGUUACGGCUCGUACUGACCGGCCCGAGACACGAGCGGCGACCUGUGGGAAGACGUACCAACGCCCGCAUAGAGCCGAGCAGCCUCCUCACCGACACGAGCAUUUGGGCGCAGAGAUGGAGCGAGAGCGAGACGGAGAGCGGAAAGGAUUGCAUGGGGAAAAGAAAUCCUCGCCCACCUUCUUUUAGAGACGAUUUUACAGGAGUGAGACAGUAUUUUCUUCUCUCAUUCUCAUUUUCAGACUCUUGAGUUUUAUUUUCAUAAAGGAAACCAUCGCAGGGUGUAAUCUUUUCUAGACCGACGGUGAUGUUGUCAUUUAUUGUCGAGAAGUUUUUUGGUCUUAGUUUUCAAAACGACGCCUGAGUUAAUUCUGCUCUAUUUUAUUCCUUAUACAUAAAUCAAAGUGUUGUUUUUGAUUCAUAUUAUCACUUCUUGCUUAAGUCUUUUUUUUUUGUUUUGUUUUAUUGUGAUAUUAAAAAAGGUGCCGUAUAUAUUUUCAACUUCCAGAGUUAAUUUGAAGAGGGAUCCACAAUGUUUGCGUUCAGUGUUCGAUCCGCAGCCGUCUGUUCACACACUGACAUCGAGCACUGACAGUCAGCUGUCUUUACAACUUCUGACGAUUUGUGAGCUUGGACUUGAGCACUUCUGUCUGCUUGGAGCGUCACAUAGUUAACAUCCUAGCUCUUAUUGUUGUUAAUGAUCUAUCUUUUAAAAAACGGUUAAAUCCAGUGAGCACAGCUGCAGAGACGAACACCUCCGGCUCAUGCAAACGCUGCAGGGGAUUUUUAAACCUGAACGGUAGUUGUAUAAAUAGACGCAGAUCCGGGCUGGAUACAGACGUCAGAACACGCUCAGUCCAAGCUCAUAAAACAACGACGCUGUUUUUGACUAUGCAUCUCCAUUUGAAGGAGCUUGGUUGGAUGUGUCGCUGGUUGAAUCUGAAGUCUGCCUCCAUGUGCAACUCAACAAAAAAUAAGACAUUUUGACGUUGUGCUGCCUUUCGUUUUCUCCGCGGUUUGAACUUAAUGUUGGAAGGCUGACCGCCUUCAGUUUACAUUUUUAUCUGCUCAUCUUCAGACCCGGUGGCUCACGAAAACAUUUCUUACGUACAAGGUGGAAACCACAUCCCGAUGGUAGGGUUAGGGGUUAGGGCAGCAGAUGAUGAUGAGACUAAAUGAUUCAAUGCUGCUGCAGGUAGCAUCAAGUGAGGACCUCAGUAAUAAAAACAGCUGGCACGUAUCACACCCUCACACCCACCAGGCUGUGAUGCAGAUCUUGUGUCCACACCCUGUGUUCCCGGCAGACUUGACAUUCAACAAGUCGCUGAAAGGCUGUCGAAGUAGAAGAGAGGUCUGGAAACCGGUUUGUAACCUCUGAUGGAUGCGAGUGUCAUAUUUUUCCUAGCGUGGCCAUGCCUGUGUAUGUCCCACCCAUGAUAAACUCUCCAAAAAGUAACACACGUGGACUGAAAUGAUGAAACUAUUUAUUUGUAGGCUACAAAAAGAAAAUUAUUCCGUAUGUUAAUAAAGAUUGAAAACAUUGCUUC